AUGGCGGCGUACAUCGACUACAAUGUCAUAAUCGGCGUUAAUCUCGGGCUCAUGGCUAUCAUGCUAUUGCCUAUCUCUGCGAUGUUGUGCGCCAGCUUCUUGCUAGUACGCCGCAGCAAGGACCCGGCACGGGUAGCGUUUACAUACCUGAAGGUCAUGUUACCGUUGGCAUUCCUGUGGUUCGCCAUGUAUACGAUAGAAGGCGCUUUAGAGCUGGUGUAUCAGAACAGCACGGUGUAUUGGUGGACCAACGAUUCCAUCUAUAAGGCCUCCCUACGGACGUCUCUGCUGGGCUCCCUCUUCUACCGCUUGGCAGGCCUGCUAUCCGUCAUGACUCUUGUGGAGCUGGGCAAUGGUUUCCUCUUCUGCCUCACCGAGACGAGGACGGCACUGCAGAAGGCUAUGCGGAACGCGGGUAUUGCCUCUUGCAUCGUGCUCUUCAUUAUCGCCUUUGCCUCUUUUGGUAUCCAAAAUGAGGCAUACUCGCAGUAUCUCGCCACUCCCUGGGCAUACGAAGACGUCGGCGAGUCUCUAUUCUCUGCUGGGGGGAAGCUGAGUGCUGCUUUUGACAUCAUUUUGUUUGCUUGGGCCGUUGUUCUGGUGGUCUUUGCGGUGCUUGUCUUCAAGGAGAUUAAGCACAACAACGCAUUGAAAAAUUCCGCUGUUCUCUUCCUCGCCGCCAUCGUCCUCAACCUGAUCGCCCGUCUCUACGGCAUCAUUUACGCCUCAAUCUUCAACCUCGCUGGGCUUGACUGGGGCCACGAGAGCUAUACGGUCGUCAUGUUCCUUGAUCCGUUCAUGAGCGAGUGGAUAUUCACAGUGAUCGUGGCCCUUGUCUUUUCAAUCGCUAUACGCAAGCGCAACGGCCUGUGGACCACCAUGCAGCCGUGGAUGGACGCCCAGGGCCCACCCGCGCUUGCAACCUCAGGCGCCAAGGGCAUGGGUCAAAGGAAUGCUGCCCACGUUGGACGUGAUGAAGAGGCUGGUCGUGGCUGGUAA